AGAUUCGGAUCACCGAGUACCACUAAACCUUGAAUUUCAUUACUCUGUAUCAGGCUUUCUGAUUGGGCCCACGCUUUGCCCUCAGAAUAAGAAGAGAGCGACCCCCGACGAGAAUACAACUUCAUCUGCGCCCUUUGCUGUGGACGAAUGAGAUGGCAUUGUGUCGGGUGGGUGAUUUCCCUGGCUCACUGACCCGGGUCUAAUGGGUAGGAACCCCUCGGCAACGGUGACCGGCACGCCCAAAUAAGGUUGAUUGGGGCUUUUUUUAUUACCAGCUCCACCGCUGGGAUUUCUUUACUCGCUAUUCCAAUAUAGGACCACUGGUAUUUUCUUAAGUGGUUGUCACAAAUAUGCCCGCUUCGCGACGUGGAGGCAGAUCUCGCCAAAUCGAAAGGGUCAAAUUCUCCGUCUUGAGGUGGGAAACCGCUGAACGUCUCCAUGCAAUCUGGCCGACCAGAACCAGGAGCCAUGGUAAACAGAGGCUAACGGUGGGCAACAUACUGGCUGCCUGUUCGUUUGGAGAACAGAGAAAGUUUUCGCUGUGCUUUGCCUUAAUGGUUACUGCUAUCUUGAGGGCCAGGCGGUUGUGCUCAUAGCAAUGGAAUUGCCCGACUUUGCA